UCCCGCAGACAUCAGCAAAAAGCGGGUUGCACGUCAGUUGGAUCGCGUCUCUUCGGAAACUACAUUUCUACAAAUCACCAGGACCUAACGGAACCAGAGCGAGCUCAGCUCCAGAUCUUCUUCAAUCAAAACCUCUCCGGACGGGUGGAAAAUGGUAACUCACCUAUAAAGUCACUUAAAUACCCAGCCCGGGUCCCCCCCCCACCCCACCCGUCUGCGGUUUUUCAAGCGUUUGGGGGUUGUUUUAAAGGAUACCAGGUGUGCCGGCGACCAAAAUAAAAAAAAGUCGGGGGGUUUGUGGCUCAGUGCGAGAGGCUGGGGGUGAGAACACGCAGAGUCCACUGCUCUGCACUAAGGGGGGCUGCGCGCACGAUCAGUCGCGCCUUCAGCACCGUCGGGCGCGGACAGCUCCUGUCUCGGCUCUGCGGAGCGCCGGCGGGGGAGGCGGGACUGACCGCGGCACAAGCGGGGCUGCGCCGGGGGAGAGGUCUGCGGUCAAGCGCCGUCUUUGCCCACCGGGGCCACUGCCGGCAGACCGGGCAACUCCACGCAGUUUCCACGAGAGGGAUUGCGGGCAGGAGGCCAUUGGUUCCGCAGUCAGAACGUAAUCCAUCUCAAUUUUUAAAGCAAAACGUGAAGCUCUCUCCCUCCCCGUCUCCUCUUUAUCCCGGGGGCUAAAGUGAACCGCGAUUUCAUUUUGCCGGCAGGCAAAGACCUGCGGCUCCAGCGAAGUCACUGGAGCGAGCCGACACCGGCAAGCUCACUUUCCGAAGACCGAGGGUCCGUCUACCCGCUCGAUUGAAGCAGAACGAGGGGAGAAGAAAGCAUCCGGUUUCUAGAAGAAAGAACAACACAUUCCUGCACUUUUUCCCCCUCUCUCUCUCUCUCUAACGACGAGGACAGCGAUACCACGGCAGGAUGUCUGGGAACCUGUCUCUCUUCCUGAUGCCAGCUCCGGACAUCACGGGCAACUCCUCCAACGCGACGGCGCCCCCUGCAGGCGACUGGCAGGAGCCCACCUUCACGCGGGCCGCCCAGUUCCGGGUGGGGGCCACGCUGGUGCUCUUCCUGUUCGCGGCGGUCAGCAACCUGGCCGUGCUGGCCAGCGUGGCGGGGGGGCGGGGCCGCCGGCUGGCCUCCCACCUGCGCCCGCUCAUCCUGAGCCUGGCGGCGGCCGACCUCAUGAUGACCUUCAUCGUGAUGCCCCUGGACGCCAUCUGGAACGUGACGGUGCAGUGGUAUGGUGGAGACGCCCUCUGCAGGCUACUCUGCUUCCUCAAGCUCUUCGCCAUGCAGGCCUCUGCCUUCAUCCUGGUGGUCAUCAGCCUGGACCGGCACCACGCCAUCCUGCGCCCGCUGGACUCCUUCGACGCCAACCGCCGCAACAAGAGGAUGCUGGUCCUGGCCUGGAGCGCCAGCUUCCUAGUGGCCUCCCCUCAGCUGUUCAUCUUCCGCGCGAUCAAGGCGGAGACGGCCGACUUCACGCAGUGCGUGACCCACGGCAGCUUCCGGCAGCGCUGGCAGGAGACCCUCUACAACAUGUUCCACUUCGUCACGCUCUACGUCGUCCCCCUGCUGGUCAUGAGCUGCUGCUACGCCCGCAUCCUGGCCGAGAUCAACCGGCAGAUGAAGAAGAGCAAAGGAGGGGAAGCCAGCCUGAGGCGCAGUGGGACAGACCAGAUCCCCAAGGCGCGCAUGAAGACGCUCAAGAUGACCAUCAUCAUCGUGGCCUCCUUCAUCAUCUGCUGGACCCCCUACUACCUGCUGGGCAUCUGGUACUGGUUCCAGCCCCAGAUGCUGCGGGACACCCCCGAGUACGUCAACCACAUCCUCUUCCUCUUCGGAAACCUCAACACCUGCUGCGACCCGGUCAUCUACGGCCUGUACACCCCUUCCUUCCGCGCCGACCUGGCGGCCUGCUGGUGCCGCCGGCCCCAGGACUCCCCCAGGUCCCUGGAGCGCCUGUCCUCUCGCCGGACCCCCCACAGCGCCGCCCUGGAGUCCAAGUCCGAGUCCCCAGCGACCGAGCACCAGAGCGCCACGCGGGGCUGAGGCUCCCCGGGCGGCAGCGGUCACCUUCCCCCUCUCCGCUUGACACGGACCAGAUGGUACCCCCUGAAGUGGGAGAGACGGGCUGCUCCGCCGGGUCCGAGGCGGCAGGAGGUGACUGACCAGUCGGAGAAUUUCUAGCUCGUCUGUUUUGGGGUGGGGAGGAGAUGGAUCUGAGGAUCAUGCGUUCGGAGCAAACCUCAGUUAAACAUUUCAUCUCAAAGGCUUCCUGUGGGAGCACAGUACCUCCCCCAGCACCCACAGACACACUCUCGUUGUGAGACCAGGGAAUCAGCAUAGGGUUUGUGGGACAGAGCACCUCCCCUGUCCCAUUCAUCCCGGACUUUAACUCGGAUGUCUCCUGUGCUGUCCAGGCCAGGCUACCUUCCGAGAUCUCCCAGGAAGGGGCUUCAGUUUCAUCCAGCUGACUUUGAGACCGUUCCUUUCUUGGAGCCUGGCUACACGCAGAUGACAGGAAUGUACAGUAAGACAACAGGAAGUAUCCCCGUAGAGAGGUGGGCGUCUGUUUAUGUUCAGAUGCAGAUACACGGGCACUUUUACUAAGCAGUCAAGCCGAUGUGAUCCUUUAAGAUCCUUUAAGACAAGCGAGUUGUUUUCAUACAUUCUCGGUCUUUUGUCUUAGGGGUCGGCGUCAUAUUUAACUUCAGUGUUUACUGCAGAAUGUAGGCUUCAUUCUGCCUCGAAUGCUUCACGAAUUGUAUUUCAUUUACUGAUAUGCUUGCAGUACCUGGAGUUAGCCAUAAUCCAAUCGCCAAAUGAGAUUUUCACACAUUUUUAGUUUUGCAUAUCUAUUUGCUGUUGUGCUCUGUUUAAUUUAAACUGUAAACACAAGGACUGUAACGCAUAACUACAGGAGUUCCACACGGACAGUCUGAAUUUUGUCAUACAAUUGUCGGUCUCAAAUGCACUUCUUACACUUGCUGCUGAAGCCUAUCUUUAUGUAUGAACUCUCUCACCUCAGAUAGAGCACUUGUCUUCAAAAGCUGAGGGAUUUGCUAAAGUGUUUUGUCCGCAGCAGAAACAAAUGUUGAAAUGUAGCAGGCACUGCCAGAGAAGGGUUAGGUAUAAUGUCACUACAGCAGUUUGUGGCAGUAUGGCCACAUCACUGGCAACUUCUCAAUAUGUCAGCACACAGCGAAGGAAACUCUCCUAGACAUUGCCACAGCAAUAAGCAAACAAGGUGGCCUAGGGACAAGGAGGGUAGUAUGGUCCACCUCCAGUCCUGUAGGGAUGAAGUAUUUUCACUCCAUCUCUUCUGCUCACUACCAGCUCAGUUAUCAGCUCGUCAUUUAGUUAUCUGCUCACUAUCAGCUUGUUAGUAGCUCAACUGAAUCACUUAGACAAGUUCAUUUGUCCCCCAGUUCUGCAGGUGGUGCUUUAAAGAGAAACCUGCAGACACAGUGUCCCCUCCAGGGCUGGAGCUGAACCACACUGUUCUGCUUGGAUCUUGAGCUCAGCCAGUUCAGGUAUUUAUCAUGACCAGGUGUCUGUAUUUGUAACUAAGUGAACUGUUAAGAGUUCUCUGUGGAGCUACAGUUGAUUAAAAAAAUUUGAUGGCAUACCAAAUAGCUCAGCUGGCUACAUUUAUUGGUGAUGAUUGCCCUGCAGCAGGGUCUUUCUGGAAGCAAGGGAGAUGCACAGAAAGAUUAUUUACAAAAUAGUUCAGCAUGUUUGAAGACGGCGUCCACAGGUUCUUAUUUCCUCUGUGCAGCUUGGACGUUGCAGCAAUAAAGCCAAGUCGCGAACUGACAAAUUCAGUUGUCAAUUUCAAAUAAAGAAAAUCUGCACGUAACUGAGGCGUCAAUUUAAGAUGCAGAAGACACCUGGGCUCUUAAGGACUGGAGGUGAGAAUCCUGACAUAGACAACAACAAAUCAAAGACAUAUGUGGCCACCGUGGUCAGAAGGGAAAGCAUUGAUAGAGAGAGAGACCAGCGCAACAGCACUCAGAUCAGACACCUGCCAGACGCGAGACAAGUUCGAUACCACAGAGCCCCCUGCAUGAGAAAGAGGGCACAGUCACUGCCCAGCCACUCCAAGGUUUCAAGGUAUCAGGUACAGUUGAGGGUGAUUCACAGAGUAUGUAGCCCAAAACAACAUGUGCUUGUAUACUUCAAGAGUAUAAAUAAAAAUGGAAAAUCAGGGAAACAGA